AUGGACAAUAUUCUGUUAAAAAGCCGUAAUUUGAGGUUGUGGCAGAAUGUUACAGAAACAAGCCAGACCAUAUUAGAACGCGCGAGGCAGCUGCUCUUCAAUUGGAAGGAUGCGAAUAGGAAACAGCAGCAAGGCAAUAUAGCUGUUCAGCAGCACAGCAGCAUAGCUGUUCAGCAGCACAGCAGCACGGCUGCUACAGCAGCUGGUCUGAAUUCAGCUGUACAGCUGAUAACAGAUGUGAACAGUGCGGUGCAAUCUACUCCGGUUAAAUGGCAGAAACCAGCGCAUGGUAGGUUAAAGUGUAACGUCGAUGCAUCGUUCUCGGAUGAUUUAAACCGUGUUGGUUUUGGUUUUUGCAUUCGUGAUGAGGGUGGAAAUUUUAUACGAGCAAAAACGAUGUGGUCGAAUCCGGUUUGCUCAAUAGAUGUUGGAGAAGCUAUGGGACUCUCACAUGCUAUCCAAUGGGUACAUGAACUACUACUAACAAAUGUGGAUUUUGAAUUGGAUGCCAAGAAAGUUGUAGAUUAUUUUAAUAGAGGAAACAAUGAUAUAACCGAGUUUGGAGCAAUAGUGGAGGAGUGUAGAAGAAGUUGUAAUCUUUACUUUGAAAACUCUAAGGUAGAGUUUAGUCGGAGACAAGCGAAUGAGGUCGCUCACACUUUAGCUCGAGAGGCCACUUUCUUAGCUAAUCCCCAUAUCUUUAAUGUUGCACCUCUUUGUAUUUCGACUUUGAGUAUUAAUGAAAAACUAUAA